AUGACAUCAUCUGAAACUACCGAUAACGUUCCAACAUGUUCAUCCUGCACAUCCUUAAAAUCUCAAAACGAGUUUAAAGAUAUCCUGAUUUUCAAAUAUCACAAAAUUUCUCAGGCUCAAGAUGAACUUAUCCAAGCUCAAAGAAAUUUAAUCAAAGAUUUGUUAAAAAAUCGAAGUACUAAUCUUGACUUUAGUUAUACUACGCCUAUGAUUGCAGUUUGUUCUAUUAGUUUCAAGAUUGAUAGUUUUUUAACACAUCAGGGAAGACAACGCCCUCAAGCAUCCGGUUCAAACGAUUGGUGUAGAGUUUAUAUCGGUGCUGUUACAGAUGAUAUAGAUGAAAUGACUUUACAGCAAUGCCUUGAACGUGCUUUCGGACAAGUUUCUUGGCUAGAAAUUGUCCGUGCUAGGAAUUGUGCAUUUGCGGAUUUUUGGUAUGCGGAAUCAUUUCAUCGUGCUCUUGAACAAGGAUAUGUUUACUUGACAAAUGGCUCACGCGCAAAAGUCAAAAUGGCCACCAAGCCC